AUGCUCGUCCUUGUCCCUGGAGUCACUGGCAAUCUCGGCCUGCAUCUGAUCGACAGCCUCGUCUCUCGUGGGCAUCAAGUCCGCGGCCUCGGUCGAUCUCCAGCAAAGCUCACCGACGAGCAGCGAUCCAAACUGGAAAGCUUUGUCGAGAUUCAAAGCUACUAUGACAUCGAAGCGUUGGAUAAAGGCUGUGCUGGAGUUGAUGCGAUCAUCUGCGCGUAUGCAGGAACUCCUGUGAUGCACCUGGAUGCCCAGCUGAUCCUCCUACGAGCCGCUGAGCGUGCCGGCAUCACCCGUUUCCUGGCCGCUAGCUGGAACGCCGACUGGAGGCACCUUCAACUUGGAAUGCACCAAAGCUACGAUGCUUGCAUUGCCUUCUAUCAACAGGCCAAGCUGACUUCAACCAUCAAGCCGAUCUGGAUUCUUACCGGCGGCCUUGCCGAGGUCUACUUCUCCGUCCCCGGCCACGGUAACUUCUCUCCCGCCUACAACGGCCCUUGGGAUCCAGAAAAUAAGACCGUUGACAUUUGGGGCACUGGUGAUGAGACCUGGGACUUGACCACUGAGAAGGACGCCGCCGAAUUCUCAGCCGAGGUUAUCCAACGCGACGAUGCCCCAGAAGGUGGCUUCUGGGAGCUGCAUUCCGGCGCCUACUCGCCCAAGGAGCUGGCGAGGAUCUACAAGGAGGUCAGAGGCGUCGAAAUUGCCCAGAAGUACCGAGGAACGCUGGACGAUCUGCGGGAGCUUGCCUACUCCAUGAGGAGCCAGAAGGCCUACAAUGACUACUACAGCUUCAUCGGCCUGUUUUAUCAACUUUUCCAACUGGACGGAACUUAUUCCCUCAAGAAUAUUGACAACGACAAGUUGAAUGUCAAGACUACGUCGAUUGAAGAGUUUCUCCGCCAAAAUCCCCAGAUUUAA